AAUAUGGUUAUUUCCCUUUAAAACCUCUUAAAAUUGAUUUGUAAAGAUUGAUUAUGAAAAAGAAAAUGUGAGUUUUAAAAAAAUAUGCACUUUUAGUUGGUUCGUAAUGUAGCCAAUAGGGUUGAGUCUUGAAUGUGAGUAGAACCAAUCAGAAUGUAGAGUGUUACACGGUGGAGGAGCUCACUUCCGGGUUCGCGUAAAAUGUGCGUUCAGUUUGAGAAGCAGCUCUCUCCCGUGUGCACGCUGCAUGUGAAUGCUGUGUGGGAAAAUACUAGAGAAAAGAGAAGAAAUAUGGAGAAAUACUGUCCUUAAAACCGUUUUGAGUGUGGAUUGAAGAUAAAAGAAACUGAGUUAAAGGAGUCGAGUUACAUCCGGGUCUUUCUGGAGUGUUCUGUGAUUUUGUCGAUCUCCUUGGCCAGGUUUUUUUUGUUUUUUGUUUUUGUUUGUUCUUAUAUCUUUCCAUGCGCUGAUGCUGGAGCUGUUGAUGUUUUCUGGAUUUGUCCCAGCCUUCUGUGAGUUUUGAGGGUUUGGACUGGCGAGCCGUCCCCGAGUCUUACUUCGAUUUUCUGUGAUGCAUAGGAAAACUGUUUGCACAUCUGAACACUACAUAUAUGGUAGGACACUGAAACACUUUUUCUUGUUUCACUUGGAUGGAUUCUGUCUUCCCGUAGACAGAUAACACACACAAUUCAUCUUUAUGGACUACCUUAAGGACUGAGAAACUGAAAAAAGGGUUUACACUGAACUAAUUACAUUUCAUUGAACUAUUGUACAUUGUUUUAAAUUACAGUGUUUUUGUUUUAUACAGUGUUGAACUUGUGGUUGAAAUAACUCAGGUUGAAUUUUGCACUUGUUAUUUUCUGAAUCUGAAAAGGAAGUGAAUUGAGGUACCAAGAAUUUUAUUGUUGUUUUAUUUAGAGUAAAUCACUUGGUUUACACAGAAACAAAACGAUAUACUUACCUGUUAACUACUUACCUCUUGAAAGGGAAAAAGGGGUGUGAUUUCAUGCACAACAAAAAGUGUUGAGUGAUACAACUUUGUUUUUUUUUAUAUCUGAAAUCAUUAUUUUACUUUUAUUUUUACAAUUCUCAAUACAUACCUCAGUUUAACAGUACUACGGUCUCUGAGUCACUGUUUUAAGUUGUUGCAGCAUCUUUCUCCGCAGCGAACCUAGUCUUCUGAAACACUGGUCCAUAGAGUCAUUUACAUAUUGUUAAAGAUCCUAAAAAUUCCUGUGGGGUGUACGGGCUAGCUGUCACGCACACGCUACAAGGAAAACUUGGCGAGCCAGCCAGGAGAUUGAAUGCUCAACAACAACAGUGAAUUCUAGUAAAAGAGACCAUUUUUUUCAGUUUUUCAUUAGUAAUACAAGAUAUACCAAUAUGGAUAUGGUAGAACGUGAGAAUGUGAAUGUAGCAAAUGCAGUCAUAGUCAGUGGCAUUACCUUGAGUGAAUCUGACCAACACUUAGAAGCAUGGCUAGUGCGAUAUGGCAGUAUUAGUCGUACCUUACUUGUUGAUGACCCCACCUCUGAGUUUCAUAGGCAUGCCAUUAUUGAGUUUGCACAAAGCUCUGCAAUGAAAUACCUGCAGCCCUUGUUGCCUUUAAGCAUUGUUAGCACUUCUGAUCCAGAUGUUACAUUCAUGGUACGUGCCUUGAGUAGUGUAUAUUCACCCUUAGCUAAAGAUGAUGUCACUACAGGGUAUUUGGCAGAACUAAAGGCCAUAGCUAGUGCUUCUGGAAAACCCUUUCAAGAAGUGCUCCAGGAGGAGCUAGAAAAAAUGAGGUCACUUAGCACCACCCCUGAGCUUCCUAGGGUGAGCGAGAGACAAGAGUGCCCUGUAGCAGACUCUCAAACUCGAGGGCUGAGUGUUGCCAGUUUGUCUAAUGACCGAGGGUCACCUGCUAUGUCACAAAGAAUUAGAGACCACAGAGAUAUGACACCCUUACCAAGUGUUUCCCAAAUGUUGAAUGCUGAACAUAUGCAAACUCAAAACCUGUCCAAGGAGAAUAUUGUACCUAGUGUGGGUGGAGUCAGUAGCCCCUCAGCCACAGGAAUGCCACGCCAAUCUCUGACCAUGGAUAUAAUAGAUCCUCCUGCGGUGCAAAGAGUUGUGGUCGAACAUGUGGUAAGGACGAGUGAUAUGACAGCCCAACAUUCUUCCCUACGGCUUAGAUCUUUCUCUGGAAAAAUCCCACGUCCACCAAAUGAACCUGACUUUGAAACAUGGAGAGCAAAUGUAGAAUUCUUGCUCGAUGAUCCCUCUGUCUCAGACUUGUCCCGUACAAGAAGAAUUCUAGACAGCUUACUUCCACCUGCGGCAGACGUAAUCAAACACAUUAGUCCACAAUCAUCACCCUUAGUGUAUUUAGAGCUGUUACAGUCAGUCUACGGUUCUGUUGAAGAUGGAGAGGAAUUAUUAGCAAAGUUCAUGACAAUGCUGCAGAAUCAGGGAGAAAGGCCCUCCAGCUAUUUACAUAGAUUACAAGUGAUUUUGAGUGCCACAGUGAGAAGAGGUGGCAUUGCUGAAAGUGAGCGCAAUCGCUACUUGCUAAAGCAGUUCUGUCGAGGAUGUUGGGAUAGCAGCUUGAUUGCCAACCUCCAGCUGGAAAGAAGAAAGAACAACCCACCAUCCUUUGCAGAAUUAGUAGUAUCUGUAAGAACCGAGGAAGACAGGCAGGCUUCAAAGGAAGAUCGAAUGAGGAGUCAUUUUGGGAUGACUAAACAAGGCCCAGCCCCUUCCAAGUUACGUACUGCUGCUCAUCAGUUGUCUGCUCACUCACAUGAGGUAGUUGGCGGAGCAUCUCCUGUAACAGACUCUAUGAGAAAACAAAUAUCAGAAAUUCAUGCUCAACUUGCCUGCACAAAACCAUUGACUCACCAUCGUGAAUGCUCAUCUGAAUGUUCUGUAGAUGUGACAUCGUUGCAAAAAGAACUUACUGCUUUACGAGCACAAGUUCAAGCUAUGGAAGCUACAGUUUCUCGGAAAGUUCAAAACAAAAGUUCAGAGCAUGGAGAAAUCUCAGAAUUGGCAAGGCAGAUUGCAGAAUUAAAGGUCCACUUAACUGUCCAUGAGCCUUGUGAAUCUCAACCGGGAAGGCCAUCUGUGUUUAGAAACCCUACCACAAUGUCACGAUCCAAGCAAAUUAGAUCGGAGGAGAGUAAAUCAGUCAAUGAAAGCGGAUUACAUUUAGCUCGACCUUGCCCAGGUUACUGCUUUUGUUGCGGAGAAGAUGCCCAUAUUGCCGUGAACUGUGAAAAUGAGCCAAAUCCUGCUAAAGUACAGAUCAAACGAAACCAACUGAGAGAGAAACAAGCCCAGUGGGACCUCAAACACAUAGUCAAGUGCCCACAGUUAAACUCCAAGCCGUCUCUGUAG